AUGACCCGCUCCUGGGGCGACGGCUCGGGGCGCCCCAAGCGGCCCCUGGAUGACCCUCGUCCGUCGGGGCGCGCCUCGCCGGAGGGCCAGCGGCGCGAAGCCGACCUCCGCUGCCAGCUAGCCAACCGCGACGGCCGUCGGUCUCCUGGCCGCGACGCACGCCGUUCCCCGCCGCGUGACUUGCACCGGUCCCCCUCCCGAGAUGCUCGCCGGUCGCCUCCCCGCGACUCUCGGCGCUCGCCACCCCGCCACGACCGUCGCUCGCCAGGCCGUGCGGAGGGCUGCUCCCCGGUGCGAGCCGACAGCCGGCUCUCCCCCUCUCAGGAUAGCCGUCGCGACCGGCCCCGCUCCCCCUCUCCCGCGCGUCAGCAUGGGUGGUCCUCGUCACCCCCUCGGCCUGCGCCCUUCGACGCCGCGGCCACCCGCCGGUACCAGCCCCCCAGGACCCAGCCGAGCCAUCCUCCGGGCAAUGGUGGCCCCGGGGCCCGCGGCCGCCAAGGUGCCAAGAAGAAGAAGAAGAAGGGUGCCGCCCGAACCCCCUCGACCACGGAUCUGGAUCCCGCGUCCUCGGCCGCGCCCAACUCCGGUGCCCCUCGCGACCCUCCUCCGUGCUUCAACUGCGGUGUUGUCGGCCACUACCAGGUUGAGUGCCCCAACCCACCGACGUGCUACCUCUGCAAGGAGUCGGGCCAUCCCGCGGCUCUCUGCCCGGACCGGCCGAUGACGGAGGAGCUCAUGAUGUACAUGUAG